AUGCCGUCCCUCGCCCGCAAUCUUAGCGAUGAUGCGCAAGACAAAUUACUUGCGUGUUCAGAAGAUCAGAGAGCACGCAACGUGCGUUACAGGCAGAGACAGCUCCAUCUUCUCCAUGGCUUUCUACGCCAAUAUGCGACCAAGCUCUGCGAAUUGAUCACCAAAGAGUCGGAAUCCACCGACGAAGAGACGUGGUACGAGUUCUCCGCGACUCUCGCCACAAUCAGUAAACUGUUUCAUCAACUGGACUUUGAAGACGCCCUAAAGCGCGAGUAUGCGAUCAGUCGGAACCAGAGUAACACCACUAAUCGAGUUCCUCAUGGAAUUGUCCUCGUUAGACCCGGCAACCACACAAUCUUCUAUUCAAUCUUCGCCGCUGUUGCUACAGCUUUGGCAGCAGGCUCCUCAGCAGCAUUGCGUCUGACUCCAUCAUACACGGUGGCGAUAGUUGACAGGACCGCAGACCUAUCAUUGGCGGCUCAAGCUCUGUGUGCGGCACGAUUCUCAUUCAAAGGCAAGUCUCCGUACGCCCCGGACGUGGUCAUUGUCAAUGAAUGGGUAUUGGAACCUUUCAUUCGAGCCUGCAUCCGAGAAAUAAGGGGUGACUCACUUAUUCGAGAAACCGACACGAUGCCUAAGCCCGGUAAAGCUCAGGCGCACGGAAAUACAACUCUUUACAGCGAUGGUGCUUUCGAGAUUGCACUUGAUGCGUCAGGGUAUGUCUUCUCGUAG